AUGAAAUCACAUCAACAACACUUGAUCCGAACAUUGUGUUCCUCACCUCUUGUGAGGAGAUCAUUGCCAAUACAACAAUGUAAUUCAUUGUUGGAUUUUCCAUUAUUAUCAGCUGUGAAAAGAUCAUCGGAAUGGAAAAUGAUGAUGAAUACAAAGAUAAUGAUGAAGGAAUUUUCAAUGAAUUCUAAACAAUUAUUCCAUUCUGGAGUGAGUUUAAGUGAUAGUGCUAAUAAUAUUGGCUCGAUUUACAUUGAAAGGACAAAUAUUGCAAUUGUUGGAGCUAUGAAUAGUGGAAAAUCAACUCUGAUGAACUGUUUGACCAAUUCAAAUACUAGUAUUGUGGAUUCUACACCUGGUACAACUGCUGAUGUAAAGAUGACAACUAUGGAGUUGCACGGUAUUGGUCCAACAAAGUUAUUUGAUACACCAGGUACUGAUGAGGCAUCAGAUCUUGGCGAAAAGAAGAGACAAAAAACACUGAUUGCCCUUAAAGAGUCCGAUAUUGUGGUUGUAGUGGUGGAUCCUUUCAAUGGUAGCAGUGUUCAACAAGCCAAAUGGUUGACUGGUGAGUGUGAAAAGAAUGAAAGACCAUUCUGUAUUAUAUUCAAUGUUUCCGAGUUGAAGAGAUCAUCUGUGGAGAGUUUGAGUGAUAAGCUGGAUUCGAUUGAAACUGAUUUGAAAGUCAAUGAAUUUGAGCAACAGGGAAAUGUUCAAAUGAAUAAGUACUUCUGUGGAACUACAUGUGUGGAUUUGGAAUCAAAAAUUGCUCACACCAAAUGUAUCAAGUUCAUUGAAGAUUGCCACAAGAAGAGUAAAAUGAAGGCAAGCUCUACUCCAAUGUAUCCAACAAGAUUACUUCCAAAUUUAAUGGAAAACUCUACUGUAUUUUUGAAUAUUCCAAUGGAUGAGGAGACACCAUCUGGUAGAUUACUCAAACCUCAAGCCAUGGUUCAUGAAUAUUUACUCAGGGAGUAUAGCAAUGUAUUUUCAUAUAGAAUGAAUUUGAAACAUGCAAGAAGUUCGGAUAAGGAGCUUGUGGAAAAGGAGAAGAAGAGAUUCCUCGAAGCCAUCAAAACUCUUAAUUCAAAUGGAAAAUUACAACUCUUAAUUACCGACUCGCAAGCUAUGGAUAUUGUGCAUCCAUGGACUAUUGAUGAGGCAACAAAGGAGAGUAUUAUUGAUAUCACUACAUUCAGUGUCAUUAUGAUUAACUUUAUGAGUAAUGGAAGACUUUCAGAAUUUUUGAAAGGAAUUGAAGCAUUCAAAGCUCUCCAACCAGGCGAUUCAGUCUUACUCUGUGAAGCUUGUAAUCACAACAGAAUUGCAGAUGAUAUCGGUACUGUUCAAAUACCAAGAGCAAUUGAAAAAAGAUUUGGACAGGGAAAUAUCAAGGUGGAUAUUGUCUUUGGCAGAGAGUAUCAGCUUAUUAAGGAUCUCUCCCAAUACAAACUCAUUAUUCACUGUGGAGGAUGUAUGAUUGAUAAGCAAAAGAUGAAUGCCCGUCUCUCUGACCUAUCCAAAGCAGGUGUUCCAAUCACUAAUUAUGGCCUCUUGCUCUCCUUCCUCCAAUCUGAAAAGGCAGUAUCAAGAGUGACUAAACCAUGGUUGAAUCCUUCAACUCCAUCUCAAUAA